AUGGCGGCGGCGGCGGGAGCGGCAGCGGCGGCCGCCGAGGGGGAGGGCCCUGCUGAGAUGGGGGCUCUGGUGCUGGACAAGGAGCCCCGAGGCGCCGUCGAGCGAGCCCAUGGCGCUCUGGGGGACGCCCCUCGGAGUGAGGAGCCCCUGCCCCAGGCCAACCCCGACUCCCUGGAGCCUGCCGGCCCCUCAUCGCCAGCCUCUGUCACCGUGACUGUUGGCGACGAGGGGGCCGACACCCCUGUGGGAGCCACACCGCUCAUUGGGGACGAACCUGAGGCUCUUGAGGGCGACGGGGACCUCCAGGGAGGGCGCCUCCUGCUGGGCCAUGCCACCAAGUCAUUCCCCUCUUCCCCCAGCAAAGGGGGCGCCUGUCCCAGCCGCGCCAAGAUGUCAAUGACAGGGGCGGGGAAGUCACCCCCCUCGGUCCAGAGUUUGGCCAUGAGGCUGCUGAGUAUGCCUGGGGCCCAGGGGGCAGCAGCGGGGCCUGAGCCCCCUCCUGCUACAACCAGCCCGGAGGGGCAGCCCAAGGUCCACCGCGCCAGGAAAACCAUGUCCAAACCGGGAAACGGACAGCCCCCCGUCCCCGAGAAGCGGCCCCCCGAAGUGCAGCACUUCCGCAUGAGUGACGACGUGCACCCCCUGGGGAAGGUGGCCUCAGAUGUGGCCAAGAGGAGGAAGCUGAACUCCGGAGGCGGCCUGUUGGAGGAGUUGGGGUCUGCCCGGGGCUCGGGAGAGAUGGCCCCGGAGAAGGCGAACGCGGGGCCCCUGGAGGAGUGGGAGACGGUGGUGGGGGACGACUUCAGCCUCUACUAUGACUCCUACUCCGUGGACGAGCGCGUGGACUCGGACAGCAAGUCUGAGGUUGAAGCUCUGGCCGAACAACUGAGUGAGGAAGAGGAGGAAGAGGAGGAGGAGGAGGAAGAUGAGGAGGAGGAGGAGGAAGAAGACGAGGAGUCUGGCAAUCAGUCUGACAAGAGCGGUUCCAGCGGCCGGAGAAAAGCCAAAAAGAAAUGGCGGAAGGACAGCCCCUGGGUGAAGCCGUCCCGGAAACGGCGGAAGCGGGAGCCUCCACGGGCCAAGGAGCCACGAGGAGUGAAUGGUGUGGGCUCCUCAGGCCCCAGUGAGUACAUGGAGGUCCCUCUGGGGUCCCUGGAGCUGCCCAGCGAGGGGACCCUCUCCCCCAACCACGCUGGGGUGUCCAACGACACGUCUUCGCUGGAGACGGAGCGCGGGCUGGAGGAGCUGCCCCUGUGCAGCUGCCGCAUGGAGGCGCCCAAGAUCGACCGCAUCAGCGAGCGCGCCGGCCACAAGUGCAUGGCCACGGAGAGCGUGGACGGCGAGCUGUCGGGCUGCAAUGCCGCCAUCCUCAAGCGGGAGACCAUGCGGCCCUCGAGCCGCGUGGCCCUGAUGGUGCUCUGCGAGACACACCGGGCCCGCAUGGUCAAGCACCACUGCUGCCCGGGCUGCGGCUACUUCUGCACGGUGGGCACCUUCCUGGAGUGCCACCCCGACUUCCGCGUGGCCCAUCGCUUCCACAAGGCCUGCGUGUCCCAGAUGAACGGCAUGGUUUUCUGUCCCCACUGCGGGGAGGACGCGUCCGAGGCUCAGGAGGUGACCAUCCCCCGGGGGGACGGAGCCACCCCGCUGGCUGGCACCGCAGCGCCCGCGCCCCCACCCCUGGCUCAGGAUGCCCCUGGGAGAGCAGACACCUCCCAGCCCAGCGCCCGGAUGCGCGGGCAGGGGGAGCCCCGGCGCACGCCCUGCGACCCCGUGGCCGACACCAUCGACAGCUCAGGGCCCUCCCUGACGCUGCCCAGCGGGGGCUGCCUCUCGGCCGUGGGGCUGCCCCCGGGGCCAGGCCGGGAGGCCCUGGAAAAGGCCCUGGUCAUCCAGGAGUCUGAGCGGCGGAAGAAGCUCCGCUUCCACCCCCGGCAGCUGUACCUGUCCGUGAAGCAGGGGGAGCUGCAGAAGGUGGUCCUGAUGCUGUUGGACAACCUGGACCCCAACUUCCAGAGCGACCAGCAGAGCAAGCGCACGCCCCUGCACGCGGCCGCCCAGAAGGGCUCCGUGGAGAUCUGCCACGUGCUGCUGCAGGCUGGAGCCAACAUCAACGCCGUGGACAAGCAGCAGCGGACGCCGCUGAUGGAGGCCGUUGUGAACAACCACCUGGAGGUGGCCCGCUACAUGGUGCAGCGCGGCGGCUGUGUCUACAGCAAGGAGGAGGACGGCUCCACCUGCCUCCACCACGCAGCCAAGAUCGGGAACUUGGAGAUGGUCAGCCUGCUGCUCAGCACAGGGCAGGUGGACGUCAACGCCCAGGACAGCGGCGGCUGGACGCCCAUCAUCUGGGCGGCGGAGCACAAGCACAUCGAGGUGAUCCGCAUGCUGCUGACGCGCGGCGCCGACGUCACCCUCACCGACAACGAGGAGAACAUCUGCCUGCACUGGGCCUCCUUCACCGGCAGCGCCGCCAUCGCCGAGGUCCUCCUCAACGCCCGCUGCGACCUCCACGCCGUCAACUACCACGGCGACACGCCCCUGCACAUCGCCGCCCGCGAGAGCUACCACGACUGUGUGCUGCUGUUCCUGUCACGGGGAGCCAACCCUGAGCUGCGCAACAAGGAGGGGGACACCGCCUGGGACCUGACCCCCGAGCGCUCCGACGUGUGGUUCGCGCUCCAGCUCAACCGCAAGCUACGGCUCGGCGUGGGCAACCGCGCCAUCCGCACCGAGAAGAUCAUCUGCCGGGACGUGGCUCGGGGCUACGAGAAUGUGCCCAUUCCCUGCGUCAACGGCGUGGACGGGGAGCCGUGCCCCGAGGACUACAAGUACGUCUCGGAGAACUGCGAGACGUCCACCAUGAACAUCGACCGCAACAUCACCCACCUGCAGCACUGCACCUGCGUGGACGACUGCUCCAGCUCCAACUGCCUGUGCGGCCAGCUCAGCAUCCGCUGCUGGUACGACAAGGACGGGCGGCUGCUCCAGGAAUUCAACAAGAUCGAGCCCCCGCUCAUCUUCGAGUGCAACCAGGCCUGCUCCUGCUGGAGGAACUGCAAGAACCGGGUGGUGCAGAGCGGCAUCAAGGUUCGGCUGCAGCUCUACCGAACGGCCAAGAUGGGCUGGGGGGUCCGCGCCCUGCACACCAUCCCCCAAGGAACCUUCAUCUGCGAGUAUGUCGGGGAGCUGAUCUCAGACGCGGAGGCUGACGUGAGAGAGGAUGAUUCUUACCUCUUCGACUUAGACAACAAGGAUGGAGAGGUGUACUGCAUCGAUGCCCGUUACUACGGCAACAUCAGCCGGUUCAUCAACCACCUGUGUGACCCCAACAUCAUCCCCGUCCGGGUCUUCAUGCUGCACCAGGACCUGCGGUUUCCACGCAUCGCCUUCUUCAGCUCCCGGGACAUCCGCACCGGCGAGGAGCUGGGGUUUGACUAUGGCGACCGCUUCUGGGACAUCAAAAGCAAGUACUUCACCUGCCAGUGUGGCUCGGAGAAGUGCAAGCACUCGGCCGAGGCCAUUGCCCUGGAGCAGAGCCGCCUGGCCCGCCUGGACCCCCACCCCGAGCUGCUGCCUGAGCUGGGCUCCCUACCCCCUGCCAACCCCUGA